UAUAAACUGAAAGGUUUUGUAGCUGCUCAGAAAGGAGAAAGAGAAGAAAUGCAAGAUGCUCAUAAUAUUUUAGAUAAUUAUACAUCACAAUUUACUCAACUACAUCCUUCUGUAUCACGUCUGGGGUUGUAUUGUGUUUACGAUGGUCAUGGUGGUUUACGAGCUUCAAGGUUCGCUUCCCAGAAAUUGCCUUUACUUCUUCAACAUAGUUUUCCUACCGGUACUGUAACUGUGGUUGAAAAAGAGAUAAAAAAAUGUUUUAUUGAAGCGUUUAAAAAAGUUGAUGAAGAAUUUUUACAAAUGGCUAUUGGUGGUAAAAAUAAACCUUCGUGGAAAGAUGGUUCUACAGCUGUUUGUGUUUUAGUUAUAAAUGAUACAUUAUAUAUAGCUAAUUUAGGUGAUAGUAAGGCUGUGUUAUGUAGAUAUAAUAAAACUACCAGUAAAUAUACAGCUGUUGCCUUGACAACCGAUCAUAGUCCAAGUUUAUACCAAGAGAGAAUUAGAAUACAGAAAGCUGGAGGAACUGUCAGAGAUGGUAGAGUAAUGGGUGUAUUAGAAGUAUCAAGAUCUCUAGGUGAUGGUCCGUAUAAACGUCAUGGUGUUACGUGUUUACCAGAUAUUAAACGUUGUCAACUUACUGAUGAAGAUAGAUAUUUAAUGGUAGCUUGUGAUGGAUUAUGGAAAAGUUUUAGUAUGGAAGAAAGUAUUAAAUUUGUUAAUAAAAUAUUAGAUGUAAUUUAUAUAUCUAUAUUUUUACAGAAUAAAGAAGAAGAAGAGAGUAAAUAUGAAACAGCAUGUAAUAAAUUAGCCAGUGAGGCCGUGUUAAGACUGAGUGGAGAUAACGUCACUGUUUUAAUAACUUCUAUUUCUAAAUUUUCUUAA